UUUCCGUGUCCUUGUUUUCUUACACCGUUCGGCCUUGAACCGACUAACUUAAGUUUUCAAUAUGGCGUCCUUGGGAAAUUUGUUACGAAAGAUUUCCCUGACAGGCGCAUGCAAGAUUCGUAAACCAAGAUGGACAUCCGCUGUGCUUGCACCCGUUGGAAGCCGAACUGCUAGUAACUGGCAGCCAGAUGUCAAGUUCAUAAAGACCCAUGAGGGACUUUACACAGAUGCAACACCAGAACAGAAGGCACUGUGGGAGAUCCCUUUGGAGCAUCGCAACAAGCAGGACUAUGAGCGGACAAUACAGAAUGUGGUCCUGAACUUUGGCCCCCAGCACCCUGCAGCUCAUGGUGUACUUAGGCUGGUCCUGCAUCUCAUUGGAGAGAGAGUGGUGCGCUGUGAUCCUCACAUUGGGUUGCUGCACAGGGCCACUGAGAAGCUUAUUGAACAUAAAACAUACAUGCAGGGUCUUCCAUAUUUUGAUCGACUUGACUACGUGUCCAUGAUGUGUAACGAGCAGUGCUACAGUCUGGCUAUUGAGAAACUGCUAAAUAUAGAAGUACCACUCAGAGCCAAGUACAUCAGAGUGAUGUUUGCUGAGAUCACCCGAAUUCUCAACCACUGCAUGGGCAUCGGCACCCAUGCUCUGGAUGUGGGCGCCAUGACUCCUUUCUUCUGGCUCUUUGAAGAGAGAGAAAAGAUGAUGGAGUUCUAUGAGCGUGUGUCUGGUGCAAGAAUGCAUGCUGCCUACAUCAGGCCAGGGGGCGUCUCUCAGGAUCUGCCACUAGGAUUAAUGGACGACAUCUACGAGUUCAUUUCCAAGUUUGGUCAGCGUAUUGAUGAGGUGGAUGACAUGUUGACCACCAACCGUAUCUGGCGUCACCGCCUGGAGAACAUUGGGGUCAUAUCUGCAGAGGAUGCACUGCUCCACGGCUUUAGUGGAGUGAUGCUGCGUGGAUCGGGUAUCAAGUGGGACCUGAGGAAGCAGCAGCCCUAUGACGCCUAUGAUAGGGUGGAGUUCGAUGUGCCCAUAGGAACAAAGGGUGAUUGCUACGACAGGUACUUGAUUCGCAUGGAAGAGAUGAGACAAAGUCUGCGUAUAAUACACCAAUGUCUCAAUGACAUGCCGGCUGGUGAGAUUAAAACUGACGAUAACAAGGUGUGUCCGCCAAAGAGAGCUGAAAUGAAGAACUCUAUGGAGGCCCUCAUCCACCAUUUCAAGCUGUACACGGAGGGCUUCAACGUUCCACCUGGCGCUACAUACACGGCUGUAGAAGCCCCGAAGGGUGAGUUUGGAGUGUACCUGGUGUCUGAUGGAAGCAACAGGCCAUACCGAUGCAAGAUCAAGGCCCCAGGAUUUGCCCAUCUGGCUGCUCUUGACCACAUGGCAAAGGCUUCAUUCAUGGCAGAUGUUGUGGCCAUCAUUGGUACCCUGGACGUGGUCUUCGGAGAGGUGGACAGAUAAACGAUACAUACUGUUUAUUGGGCAUAUAAUGUGUAUGAACUCAAGUGACGAUGAUAAACAAUAUUUAUUUUCUGUUUAAAAUGCCCAUUCUAACAUAAAAAACAGUAGUUUUCUUUGAAGCUAAAGAAAUGUGAUGUUUUAAUUAUGUGAAUAGUUGUAGGUUUAUGCUUUGAUAUAUGCUAAAAUUGGCAGUUUGUAAUGAGAAGAGUGAAAUAAACUGUUUUGUUACAGAAA